AUGUCCAAAGUCGUCCGGAGUGUCAAGAACGUCACAAAGGGAUACUCCUCAGUGCAGGUCAAGGUUCGAAAUGCCACAAGUAAUGAUCCUUGGGGCCCGACGGGCACCGACAUGUCCGAGAUUGCGGCCAUGACUUUCGGGAGCCCGAACGAGUUCUACGAGAUCAUGGACAUGCUCGACAAACGACUCAACGAUAAGGGAAAGAACUGGCGCCAUGUGCUCAAGUCGCUGAAGGUGCUGGAUUACUGUCUCCAUGAAGGGUCGGAGUUGGUGGUGACAUGGGCACGGAAGAAUGUUUAUAUUAUCAAGACUCUGCGUGAAUUCCAAUAUAUUGACGAGGAAGCGCGAGAUGUCGGUCAAAACGUUCGAGUGGCCGCAAAGGAAUUGACUGCGCUGGUACUGGACGAAGAUCGAUUGCGCAGCGAACGAUCGGACCGCAAACUCUGGAAGACACGCGUCAGCGGACUCGAUGACGGCUACGGAGGUUUCGGGGCCGAGCCGCCGCGCAGGGAACGACGCAGGCGCCAGGGCGACGACGAAGACGAUACCGAGUACCGCUUAGCCAUCGAGGCCAGUAGGGCCGAGGCCGAGGAGGAGCGCAAGCGCCGCGCCAAGGAAGCCAUGGCAGGCGAGGAAGACGAGGAUCUCGCCAAGGCAAUCAAGUUGAGCCGGGAAGAAGAGGAUCUCCGGAAGCGGGAAUUGGAGGAAAGCAAUGCGCAGUCGCUCUUCGAUGACACUCCGACUCAGGUCCAGCCGACUGGCUUCAACCAGGGCUAUCAGCAACAGGGCGCCGUGGACUGGUUCGGUAACCCGAUCAACGUCCAGCAGCCCAUGACGACCGGCUUCCUCAAUAACCAAUAUGCGCAACCCACCGGCUUCCAGAACCAGCCCACUGGCAUGAACAACCCCUACACCAAUGGCUACCAGGCACAGCCCUCUGUCUUCGACCAGAACCCUUACGGGCAGCCCCAGAACAACUUCUUGCAGCCCCAAGCAGCCCUUCAACCGCAGCAGACCGCAUUCAACCACAAGAACCCCUAUGGAACAGAUGUCUUUUCGCAACAGCCACAACAGCAACAGCAACAGCCCCAGGAGAACUACCCUACGGCCGGAAGCAAUAACCCGUGGGCAGCGAGUCAGCCGCAGCAGCCGGCUGACGCACUCAAACCCAUGCAGACGGGAUCGAAUAACCCCUUUGCUGCGCGCACCCAGACCCAAUUCACCCAGCAAAAGCCCACAGGACCACCAACUCUCAACGCUCUGGCCGAAGACCGUGCCACAAAUCAAUUUCAGCAGACCAACACGAGUCAAUUCAACCAGCAGAACCAAACAUUCAACCAACCCGCUCAGCCUAACCCGAUUGCCAACUUUCAGGCUCCUCAGCCGCCCAAGAGUACCCCGCCCCAACCCCAUGAUCCUCACCAUGCUCGUCUGAACGCCCUUCUUUCCACUGGCGAGGGUCAAGACACCUUCGGUAACGUUGGAGACCUUCGCAUUCCCGCACAACACACGGCACCGGGCACCUUUGUCAACUCGGCUGGCCAAGGUCUGGAUCGACUGCAUGCUACGCAAACGGGCAAUAACCCGUUCCUCGGCCAGCAGUUCACCGGUAUGCCGCAGCGGACAGGAUUUGUCCAGCAACAACACCAGCAACACCAGCAACACCCGAACAGCCCAUGGGGGGGUCAACAACAGUCGCAGCCGGGGGGUAGCUUGAUUGAUCUGUAG